AUGGUGAAGCUCGGCAAGCAAUCCAAGCGCACGCCAGUGCGCCUGCGCCAUAAGAUUGAGAAGGCGAGCGCAGCAAAGCAAAGGAAAGCAAGAAAAUUGGCAAAAAAAAAUCCUGAAUGGCGAUCUAAAUUGAAGAAGGAUCCCGGAAUUCCCAAUUUAUUUCCCUACAAAGACAGAAUCCUUUACGAGAUUGAAGAAAAAAAGCGCUUGAGGGAAGAGGAAAAUCGACGGAUAAGGGAGGAAGCGAGGAAGGCUCGCCAGGGAGACAUGGAAGAUUUGCCAGAUGUGCAGUUAGAGGAUGAUGAUGAAGUCGUUUUGGGCGAGGGUGAUGACUUGACAGACGAUGAUAUGGAAGAGGGCGUCGACGAGUCAAAUCCUAUGGCCGCAUUGCUAGCUUCAGCUCGGGCGCGAGCGGCGGAGUAUGAAGGCCAAGACGUUGAUGAGAUGGAUGAGGAUGAGAUGGACGACGACAGUGAGGAUGAGGAUGAGGAUGGAGGUGCUGUUUCGGGUGUCUCUAUGGAUACCACGUUUGAGAAGUCAGCGCAGAAGGAGACUUCCAGACGGGCGUUCGACAAAGCAUUUAAACAAGUUGUCUCUGCGGUGGAUGUUGUAAUAUACGUCCUUGAUGCUCGAGACCCAGAAGGCACAAGGUCGAAGGAAGUUGAAAGGGAAAUUAUGGCCGCAGAUGGGGGAUCUAAACGACUCAUUUUGAUCCUGAACAAGAUCGAUCUCGUCCCACCCCAUGUGUUGAAAGGCUGGAUUCUCUACCUUCAGAGAUACUUCCCUACACUGCCAUUAAGAGCAUCAACCGGUGCUCCGAAUGCCCACAGUUUUGACCACAAGCAAUUGACUGUGAAAGGCACAUCGGAGACACUAUUUAAGGCCUUGAAGUCUUACGCUCAUAGCAAGCAACUGAAACGAUCAAUAUCAGUUGGUGUCAUUGGGUACCCCAACGUCGGCAAAUCCUCCGUGAUCAAUGCACUUAUCGCACGUCUGAAUAAGGGUUCCUCCACGGCGUGUCCCGUGGGUGCAGAAGCCGGCGUUACUACCAGCCUCAGAGAAGUGAAGCUCGACAGCAAGCUGAAGCUCAUCGACUCUCCGGGGAUAGUGUUUCCGAACGCAGAUAAUGGGAAAAAGUCAUCCAAGAAGAUGAACGAGGAGGCCCGCCUUGUUCUCCUCAAUGCCAUCCCUCCCAAACAAAUCUCAGAUCCUGUCCCUGCCGUCCGUCUUCUUCUUAAUCGACUUUCCUCCAACCCUACCCUGUUCUCGAAAUUGCUGGAUGUCUACGGCAUUCCGCCACAUUUCCCCAUCGAUGGCGACAAGGUCAAUGAUUUUCUAAUCCAAGUUGCUCGAAAACGGGGCCGGCUCGGUAAAGGUGGUGUCCCUAAUAUCAACAGUGCGGCAACCACCGUGAUUACCGAUUGGCGGAAUGGGCGCAUUCAGGGAUGGGUCGAUGCUCCUGUAAUUCCAGGGACAACAUCGUUACCCAGCGCAAGCGGAACCAGCGCGGCGAACGCAACGACGGGGACGGAUACCAAGCAAAUUGUCAAGGAGUGGGCAGAAGAGUUUAAACUCGAGGGACUAUGGGGUGAUGGUACCUCACAGGGCGAUGAAAUGUCUGUGGAGUAA